UUCGUCAGAGUUCUCUCCUGACAACUUCGACCCAUCCAGUCGUGUUGUGGUCAUGUUUGUACAGUCCAACAAGUGACAAUGCCUGUGCAGAGCCUGCCCGUCCGGGACGCGUCCGUUCAUUUCCGUUUACUGCAGCAGUAUCUGAUUCUUCUGAAGAAAUACCCCAUCCUCACCAAGUCUGUGACGAGUGGCAUCCUCUCAGCUUUAGGAAAUCUUCUGUCUCAGACUUUGGAGGCAAGAAAAAAGGCCAAAGAUGGAGCCCCAGUCAAUGCGAUCGACACAGCUGGAGCUACACGCUAUGCCAUUUAUGGGUUGUUUAUUACAGGACCGGUGAGCCAUUACUUUUACCAGCUGAUGGAAGUGUGGAUGCCCAGCACAGACCCGUACUGUAUAGUCAAACGUCUGCUACUUGAUCGGCUUUUUUUUGCCCCCGGCUUUCUGCUCCUUUUCUACUUUGUUAUGAACGUCCUGGAGGCUAAAAGUUUGGCAGAAUUUGAGAAGAAGGUGAGAGGAAGUUACUGGACUGCCUUAAAGAUGAACUGGAAAGUUUGGACUCCCUUUCAGUUCAUCAAUAUCAACUUCGUGCCUGUGCAGUUCCGAGUGCUGUUUGCCAACAUGGUCGCCUUGUUUUGGUACGCCUACCUUGCAUCUGUGAGGAAAUGAAGCUGCCUCUGAUUUUCACAGAACACGAAUAAGGAGGAAAACUGCUUCUUCUGGGUUGCUUCAGGCUGUUUACUGUGCUACUGUAUACCUGUUCCUGAUCUGGACAAUAAUACAGAUCUUCUUCUGAUUAUCUCCUAACAAACCAAUGACUUUAAGCCAUUAUAACACGGUGCUAUGAUAGUUUGGAUACAUGGCUGUGUUGGUAAUAAAAGAACAUAAUAAAUGUUAUUCAUUAUGAAUGCUUUUCUCACAGAGCACUGCUGAGAUGUGACAGUAAACCUGGAAUUCUAUAACUGAGACAGUCUCUUUUAUAAACUGGAAUAAUGUCAGGUUGGACUCUGUGAUUCUGAAGUGCCUUUUUGUUACUUGUUACUCUUGUUACUUACUCUGUACAGGCUGCAGCUCCACCUCUGAGCUGAACUAACAGGACAGUGCAGGAAAUGUGAAGACACAUACAAAUUCACAUUUGGGAUUUCAUUUUUUCUUUAUUUUUUUAAAUGCCCAGUUAACAUAAUUAAAACAUGUAUUUGUGAGAAUAAAAAUUUAAGACAC